GGUAGUAAAAUUGCCGUUGAUCUAUUCUAUUUAUUCACAGUCGUUCGUUUACUGAUUUAUAUACUUUGAUAAUAAUUAAAUAUUUAAAUAAACAAAAGAUACAUUAUACCGUUUAAUAAUAAAAUACUAUAACGAAGUGGCUGAUGAUUAUACCAUUAUGUUCUAUUGUCAUUAGCAGUGCAUGACUGCCACCCUAUUCGCUCGGUUUAGUAAUCGUGUAAAUACACAUACAUAAGUCAGUAAAGUGUACACUUUGUGGAUAACGGUUUACUGAAUACCAAAUAUAUGUGAAGACGAUUUGUUGACAAGACUGAAACAGUAUAAAUAAAAUUUAAAGGUACAUAAAUUAAAAAAUCAACCUCCAAGAAAAUUGGCCGAUUUUUCCACCCUUACAGGAUUGAAACUGAAAAAAUCCGGGUCGAGUUUAUCUCAUCAUGAUUGAUCCUAGUUCAAGUGAGGAGGAAGGGGAAGAUGACCCAGUUGUCAAUGUACCAUCGAAAGGACGUAUUUCACAAGCGCCCAAAAUCGCCGGUGCCGUUUCUGUAAUAGGUGGAUCUUCAGGUUUUGGUGUUGGAAAUAUUCCUACAUCUGGCUCUAAUAGUGAUUUGGCCGGGAAUCAGAGACAAUCGAAUAACAGUUUUGUCGGUAAUCGAAGUGAGGCCGGAAACAUAAGUGCGACUCCCGGACAGGGAGUAUCCACUAACAAAUUUGAGCACGGUAGCCGAGUUGAUGGUGGGAACCUUGAGGUGCCUAACAAUGUUAUUCCAAGUGGUAUUUCGCAAGAAACAUUAAACCAAAGUAUCGGAUCCUCAAGGGCCAACUCUCUUCCACGACCAUUGUCACCAUCACCAUCUUUAACCAGCGAGAAGCCUGAAACUGGAGAUCCGCAUGAUAAACAUGAACGUGAAGAAGAGGAACGCAAACGUCGAAUUCAACUAUAUGUGUUUAUAUCGCGAUGCAUUUCAUACCCGUUUAAUGCUAAACAACCCACGGAUAUGACUAAGCGGCAAACAAAAAUUACCAAACAGCAAUUAGAAAUUAUAACCCAAAGAUUUCAAGCGUUUCUUAAAGGUGAAACACAAAUAAUGGCUGAUGAAGCAUUUCAAAAUGCUGUACAGAGUUACCAUGACGUGUUUCUUAAAUCAGAACGAGUUUUAAAGAUGGUACAGUCUGGUGCUUCAUCGCAACAUGAUUUUCGCGAAGUUUUUCGCAAUAAUAUAGAAAAACGCGUCAGAUCUUUACCAGAGAUCGACGGUCUUAGUAAGGAAACCGUGUUAACUUCUUGGAUGGCAAAAUUCGACAUAAUAUUAAAAGGUACUGGAGAAGAAGAUUCAAAACGACCAUCUCGUAUGCAGCAAUCACUUAAUAGCGAGCUAAUUUUAUCAAAAGAGCAAUUGUAUGAUAUGUUUCAACAAAUAUUGUUAGUUAAAAAAUUUGAGCAUCAAAUUUUAUAUAACGCACUGAUGUUGGACUCCGCUGAUGAACAAGCAGCAGCUAUAAGAAGGGAGUUAGAUGGAAGAAUGCAACGCGUGGGAGAAAUGGAAAAAAAUCGCAAACUUAUGCCAAAAUUUGUACUCAAAGAAAUGGAGUCUCUAUACGUUGAGGAGCUUAAGUCGUCAAUAAAUCUUCUAAUGGCAAAUCUUGAAUCUCUUCCAGUUUCAAAAGGAAAUAUGGAUAGUAAAUAUGGACUUCAAAAACUAAAACGUUAUAACCACAGUACACCGUCAUUUUUGAAAUUAAUUCUGCGAUCCCACGGGUCCUUGUCUAAACUGGAGGGUGACUCAGAGGAUGGCUCUACACAAUUGACAAAGUUAGAUGUUGUACUCACCUUUCAAUUGGAAGUGAUCGUUAUGGAGGUUAAAGGUCUUAAAUCAUUAGCUCCCAAUCGCAUUGUCUACUGCACAAUGGAAGUUGAAAAUGGCGAUAAACUUCAAACGGAUCAAGCAGAAGCAUCAAAACCAAUGUGGGACACACAGGGGGAUUUCACAACCACACAUCCAUUGCCUGUUGUAAAGGUAAAACUUUACACAGAGAAUCCGGGAAUGCUUGCAUUGGAGGAUAAGGAACUUGGAAAAGUAACCCUUAAACCUACUCCGCUUUCAUCAAAAUCUCCUGAGUGGCAUCGAAUGAUUAUUCCGAAAAACCUUCCGGACCAAGAUAUACGUAUUAAGAUAGCUUGCCGACUUGACAAACCUUUAAAUAUGAAACAUUGCGGACAUCUCUAUGCGAUCGGGAAAUCAGUCUGGAAAAAGUGGAAAAGGCGCUAUUUCGUCUUAGUUCAAGUAUCACAAUAUACCUUUGCUAUGUGCAGUUAUAAAGAGAAAAAAUCAGAACCGUCUGAGAUGAUGCAGCUUGAUGGAUAUACGGUAGAUUACAUUGAAGCAGCCAGUGCCAACUUAAUGUUUGGCAUCGAUUUAAAUGGAGGUCGCUAUUUUUUUAAUGCUGUUCGCGAGGGUGAUAGCAUUUCGUUUGCUUGCGAUGACGAGAACGAAUGCAGCCUUUGGGUCAUGGCCAUGUACAGAGCGACCGGUCAGUCCCAUAAGCCAACUCCUCCAAUUACACAAGAUAAAAAUUCGGCAAUGUCAAAGAUUCAAGGUGACGCAGACAAAGCACGGAAACAUGGAAUGGAAGAUUUUAUAAGCACCGAUCCGUGUACUUUUGACCAUGCUACUCUUUUCAAAACUUUACAAAACCUCACACUAGAAUAUAGACUUAACGAUCCAUAUGCGUCUCUGGGCUGGUUUAGUCCUGGUCAAGUGUUCGUGCUGGACGAAUAUUGCGCCCGUUACGGUGUACGAGGAUGUUACCGACAUUUAUGUUACCUUUCUGAUUUACUAGAUCGCGCUGAAAAACAACACAUGAUAGACCCAACUCUAAUACACUAUUCUUUCGCGUUUUGCGCGAGUCAUGUUCACGGAAAUCGGCCUGAUGGGGUAGGCAGCAUAACGCAUGAAGAGAAAGAGAAAUUUUCUGAAAUUAAGGAACGUCUUCGUCAGUUACUGGAGUUUCAAAUAACAAAUUUUAGAUAUUGUUUUCCCUUCGGUCGCCCAGAGGGUGCACUUAAAGCGACAUUGUCUUUGCUAGAGAGGGUUUUAAUGAAAGACAUUGUUACACCGGUUCCACCUGAGGAAGUUCGUCAAAUGAUUAAAAAAAGCUUAGAGACAGCAGCGCUUGUAAAUUACACUCGUCUUUCUAAUAAGGCUAAAAUUGAAGAGGAUUUGCGAGGUGAAGUUAUUGUUCCAGCCCCAAAAAAACUAGAGGAUUUAAUACACUUAGCAGAACUUUGUGUUGAUUUGUUGCAACAAAAUGAGGAACAUUAUGGAGAACUGCGCAGACAUGAUAAAAUGGAUAAAAAUAAAAUAAGUAAGGAAGAUGAUGAUGUACCAGGAGGCCACAAUGAAAGCGAUGUUGAUUUUACUGCCAAUACUGGACUCAUUAGCACAUCUGAACUGGCUACUGCGGCGUCAACUGAUGGACCGUCAUUUCGUUACUGCAUGCCGACACAUGCGGUUUAUACCCCGCCAGUACCAACGGCUUUUGCGUGGUUUAGCGAUUUGCUGGUUGAACACGCGGAGAUAUUCUGGUCCCUCUUUGCGGUUGAUAUGGACAGAGUCUUAUCAGAGCAGGCUCCUGACACAUGGGAUUCUUUUCCAUUAUUUCAAAUUUUAAAUGACUAUUUAAGAGCUGAUGAUAAUUUGCGUAAUGGACGUUUUCAUCAGCACCUGCGCGACACAUUCGCACCGUUAGUGGUGCGGUAUGUCGAUCUUAUGGAAUCUUCAAUAGCUCAAUCAAUUCAUAAGGGAUUUGAAAAAGAACGCUGGGAAAGCAAAGGGAUUAACGCUGCUUUGAACCCUGCAGCAUUAAACAAUGCUGCCCAGGCGCUCAAUACAGCUGCUCUCAACCCAUCAAUGCUACUCAGCGGUAAAAAAGAUCAAGUAAAUUUUUAUGUACCGAAGUUACCAAAGCAAUCAAAUUCAACAGUGGCCAGCGACGAUAUGAGAAACGGGUGUGCCACCUCUGAAGAUUUAUUUUGGAAGCUAGACGCUCUACAGUCUUUUAUAAGAGACCUACACUGGCCAGAUGCGGAGUUUCGACAACAUUUAGAACAGCGCCUAAAAAUGAUGGCCGUUGAUAUGAUAGAGCAAUGUAUACAACGAACAGAUUCGUCUUUUCAGUCAUGGCUGAAAAAAAACAUUGCCUUUAUAUCAACUGAUUACAUUUUACCUUCUGAAAUGUGCGCUAUGGUCAAUGUGAUAUUAGAUGCUAAAAAUCAAAGCUUUAAAUUAACUACAAUUGACGGCAUUGAUUUGUAUAAAUUUCAUUCAAAAAUUGACGACCAAAUCGACAAAGCGAAUGUAGCUAUGACACAAGGUCUAAGCAGUAAACUUAUGUCAGUGCUAGACUCGACUUUGUCAAAACUAGCACGAUACGAUGAAGGUAGCUUAAUCGGCUCGAUUCUAAGUUUUACAAAUGUUUCAAGCUCAGGAAAGGAUCUUGGACAAGGAUACGUAAAUUUCUUUAGAAAUAAUAUGGAUCAAAUACGAGGAAAGAUUGGCGACGAUUUGUGGACCCUAAAUUUUUUUGAGCAGUGGUAUUCGCAGCAGAUCAAUAUGCUGUGUAAUUGGUUGUCAGAACGCUUAGACCACGCUCUACACUAUGCUCAAGUUUCAUCUAUUUCUCAUAUAAUCAAGAAAAUAUACUCAGACUUUGAACUGCAAGGUGUAUUGGAAGAUAAAUUAAAUUCUAAAGCAUAUCAGGCGGUUGCACAGCGUAUGGCAACUGAGGAAGCAACAUGUGCUUUGACAAUGCCUGACGUUGGCGAAGAUGAACCCUGCGAUGAUAUUCGAGAAGGGGACGAAGAAGACACUGCGGACGAAUCUACCUCUAACAUACCAAGGGGCUUACCAAAACCAAAGGUGGCUGCCGCACAAGCUGCAGCUGUUACCAACGUGGUUGCCGGUCGUGUAGGAAAUUUGCUAGGAAAAGGGAUUGGCGGACUUAGUUCAAAGUUAGGAAGUGGAAGUUGGUUUUAGGAGGCGCAAGUAUUUUUAAUUAUUUAAGAAACACCAAUAUUUUUUUAUUGGACUUUUAUUUUAAAGUUCAAUUGUUUUAGAUUUCUUACUAUUAAUAUACAAAUAUAAAACUUUUAAGUGAUGUUGUACCUUUUUCAAAAAGUUGUUAACAUUGGAGAAUGGAAUUAUCAACUUACUUUAAGUUUAUAUUCUUGAUAGCGAACCGAAUUAGCUGUUUUGCUUUUUUAAUAUUCAAUUUAAAUAAAACUUCACUCUUCUAUUUCUUAUUCAUGAAAUAUAACGUAUUGAACCCUAAUUAAAUAAAUAAAUACAUAAAUAGCUUAGUUUAUCAUUUGGUUUUUAGAGCAGAUAUCGUUACAAAGAGCUAUUGCACUGAAAGCAGAGCUGUUACCUGAUCCAACUUGUUUUUUUGUUUCAGAAAAAUAAAUAUAUUACUGUCAUGUACUAAACAAUACUUUUACAUGCAUUUUUCGAAAACUGAAUAAAUAUUUUUGGCUCAUUAGCUGGCUGAAAACAAAGCUCAUGUUAAAGGUUCAGAUGACAGUUCUAUUUUUAGUUUAAGUAUAUGUGCGGCCAGAAAGAUUUAAGAGGUAGCUAAUUUUUCAAUUUGUUGAAUUACCCGAAAAUAUAUAGCAUUUGAAAAAUUGUUACAACUUCUAUUUACUACCCCCUAAUAAUUCAAAGGGGAACACUUAAUUAACAGUCAAAAUGCUGAGUUUCUACCUGUUAAUAGAUAAACGAAUAAAAUAUAAAACACUUGCUUUUAAUUAAUCUAAAAUAA